AGAACGCGUACGUGUUUGGAUGGUGGAGGCUGAAGGGCCUGAUGUGCGGGAGGGUCACACCUGGCUUAACGACGUGACGCAUGAGAAGCUACAGUCGAUUGCCAAUAACUUUGACAUCGAGCAUCUGUCGCCGGCCAAGUCGGAUGCUCGGCCCAGCUACCCACCCAGGGGAACACUGUGCGGUGCUCAGGACCGCCUUGUGGUGCCUCGGGUGUGCCGUUACGACAGCAAGACGGCCAUUUCUCUGAAUGUCCUGUUCGUUGUCAACACAGGUACAAUGUGUAUAGGCCUGCAGGCCUGUCUGCCUGAACGUGUGUGUGUGUGUGUGUGUGUGCAGGUGUGUGGGGAUCGUACCUCAGUGAGAAGACCAUGCUUAAGGCUCUCAAGGGCGAUUUCGAGUGCGGUGCAGGCUCAUUCAUGCUGGUUCGGAUGGAGAACGUUGUCUUUCAGGCCUGGCAGUCACGUUCUUGGGAUGGGGGCGCUCCGGCAGCUCGGGUGGUCGCCAAUGAUCAGCUGGAAGCACGAGUCGUUUGUGCUCGACAAGGCAGACCUGUUCUCACUGCACACGUGA